UUUAAAUUUUAACAAUGGCUCCUGUCUGUAUCUCAGAAACAAGUUCAAGCUAACGUAUGUGUUAAUAUGGAGAUGGUGAAAGAUGCACUGGACCAGCUCCGAGGAGCUGUAAUGAUUGUUUAUCCGAUGGGAUUGCCUCCACAUGAUCCAAUUAGAAUGGAGUUUGAAGAUAAAGAAGACUUGUCGGGAACUCAUGCUGGACUUGAGGUUAUUGAAGAGUCUGAAGCACAAUUGUGGUGGGCAGCAAAGGAGUUAAAAAGAACAAACAAGCUUUCAGACUUUGUGGGCAAAAAUGAAAAAACUAAAAUCAUUGUCAAGAUACAGAAAAAAGGACAAGGUGCCCCAUCACGUGAACCAGUGAUAAGUAAUGAAGAGCAAAAACAGAUGAUGCUGUAUUAUCACAGGAAGCAGGAGGAACUCAAGAAAUUAGAAGAAAAUGAUGACGACUCCUAUUUAAAUUCAGAAUGGGCAGACAGUCAUGCUUUGAAAAGACAGUUUCAUGGUGUAAAAGAUAUUAAGUGGGGACCGAGAUGAAGCUCUCCAAACAGACUUUGCCUCUUUAGAAAUAAAUAAAUAAUUGACCCACCCUUGUUAUGUAUAUGACAAGCACAUUAGUAAACCUCAGUUAGUAUUUGUGACAAAUGUUGAAAAUUCCAGUUUCAUGGUAGAGGUUCAUUUUAAGCUUGAGUUUUUUAUUGAAAACUUCACAUUUCUAUUAACUGUCUAUAGCCGGGCUCUUCUGUAGUAUGACUAUGUAGAUUACACAUUGUACCUUUUCAUAAUUCUAUUUUUUACAAAUGUUUGUAACUGGAAUAAUUAAAUCUUAAAUUAUUUUGCAGACAGCAUUCAUAGCUAAUAAAAAUAAUUAGAUGGUUGUGCUGGUA